UGCGUUAAGGUGCUGCUCGUCUCCCGCCGUGACACCUCUACACAACCUUUCAGACUCAACGGGGGAAGGAGGCGCGCGCUCCCAGAAAGUCAGCGAUGUUGGGGAGGCGAUCACUGGUGGUGGCCCUUCUGGCUCUGGCUGUUGGAGUUUACCUGCUACCGUCUCCCAUAGACCCUAAACCACAUGUUCUGAAGGGACCCCCCCCGGCCCUGGAGGGGCCCUUGGCUGUUAACGUUCGCCUGCAGAGAGGCCGCAGGCUGUUCACGGGGAGACUACAUGGACCAGAAUCCUUCACUGCCGAUGAGGAAGGUAACGUGUACACAGGGACGGUAGACGGGAAGCUGUGGAGGAUCAGCCCUGAUGACAGUCUCACGCUGAUCACCCACAUGGGACAGAAUCUACCAGAAUGUGGCAGCAGCACAGAUUAUGAGCCUGUGUGCGGUCGGCCUCAUGGAGUUCGGCUGGACCCCCACGGUCAGCUGAUCGUUGCAGACUCGUACCUCGGCCUGCACAGCGUUGACCCCAAAACGGGACAGAAGACUCUGUUGUUGGCUAAUUCAAAAGGAGCCAAUGGCGUUCCCUUUGCCUUCCUGAACGGCCUUGAGAUUUCCCACAGAACGGGCAUGAUAUAUUUCACGGACUCCUCCAGUCGCUGGGGACGCAGGCACGUCAAACUGGAGGUCAUCGAGUUGAACAGCCUCGGCCGUCUCCUCUCGUACGAUCCUCAGACGGGAAACGUGGCGGUGCUGUUGGAUUCCCUCUACAUGCCCAACGGGAUCGUCCUCUCGCCCGACGAACACUUCCUGCUGCUGGCUGAGACCAGCAUAGGGCGGAUACUGAGGUAUUGGCUGAAGGGCCCAAAGGCCGGCACCAAGGAGGUCCUAAUGGACAACAUGAUUGGUUACCCCGACAACAUCCGCCUCAGCGACCACGGAACAUUCCUGGUUGGCAUAACAACGCCUCGCUUUCGGAAGUUUAUGCCUCCCUUCCUUGAUAUGAUCGCUCCAUAUCCGGCAGUCAAACGCUUCCUGGCCAAGGUGGUUCCUCUCAGCUGGUACAAUCUCCUCCUGCCACGCUACGCUCUGGUCCUGGAGCUGGGAAUGGACGGACAGGUCAUAGGAGCUCUUCACGACCCGGAAGGACGCCUCACGUGGGCCAUCAGCGACGUCUUCCAGCACCGAGGGAGAACCUACCUGGGCAGCACCGACCUGCCAUUCCUCCCCAUUCUGGAGGGCUGGGAGAGCUGAAGGAGUACUGCAGCUUUGUGAGCACGGGAGACUGUUAUUAGGCUCCCCCUUUUAAAAAAAAAUAUUUUCUAAUCCCUUUUUUUUUUUUUUUUUUCCCCAACUCCUGUGAUGUUUACUGUUGGACAAUCACUUGCAUACCCAGAGCUAAGAGCUUAUGGGGGGGGGAAAAGAGCCUAUGAUGAAGGACGGUCGGUGAGUUUACAGCCCAGAAUUCAGGAAAUGUCCCAUAAAUGUCGAGCUCAAGCUAAAACCUCACAUCUGCCGCUUAAUCAUAAAAAGCAGGAAUAUAUUUGCUAAAGACUGAACUCUGAGAGGGACACAUUAACCUCCUUUUACACAACACUGAGUCACUUUUUCCUGGAAAUGAGCACAGAGCUCAGAUUAGCUGGAAACCUCAGAUGAGCAAGAGACACAUUUAUCUUUAUCUAAGUGGCUUACAAUGUAGUUCUUGACUGGAUGGAAGCAGAUAAUCAGAAGAACAGAAAACUGGAGUAUAUCAGAGAACUUAAAUGCACUCAGAGUGUAAUAAGUUUAGCUAGUCGUUUUAUUUACACUGAACUUAGCUCUUUAAAUCAGACUGUGGAAACUGGAAAUCUGUUCAUAAAUGACCUCACUGUAAAUUCAGACUUUUAAAUAAAUAUUUUAUAGAAAUGUAUGUUGGCACAUUUGCUUCAUAUGGAGCAGAAACUAUUAGAAACUUCCUUCUUUCACCUGUAUCUGGUAUGAGUGGAGUUUGAGGGGAAUCUGUGGUACUUUUACUUCACUAAAUUGAAUUUGUCCACCUGGAAUAGCUUUAAGAUUCUGGUUUCAGUUUUGCCUGAAAAUUUGGAUUCUCGCUGGCUCUCUGGUGGAGACACGUUGGACUCCGUAUGAUGAGCAUUUCUGACAAAAGGUAAGUUGCAAGUGACAGUUUAUCUAAUAACAGUUUGAAAGUUUCUGAAAUCAGUGGGG